CUAAAAUCGAAAAUAUAAAUCUUAGCUUCAAAACGUUUCUAUUUCCAGACUGCCAUACAAAAGGAGCAAGUUUAUAUCUAUGUCCCAAUGUGAUGACCUUCUGAGGGAGAGAACACAGACAUGAGAAUUCUGGAGCUUCUCCUCAUACUUUUUUUACCAGAAAUUUCUGCUUCCCAUUCAGGUAAGAGGCAGAAAAUUAUUUUUAACAGAAUUUACAAAUAACACCUAUCAAUGACCUUGUAAGUAAGGUUGUUUAUAGAACUAUUUGUACAAUGAUAUCGACUGUAAAAUUCGACAUUGCAGUAAAUUUUUAUCACUUAUUUUUGAAGUCUUGGACUACCCAAGUUACUACACUUCGGGGGCAGCUGAUAACUGCUUUAUAGCAUGAGACAUUCAACGUAUAACCGGAUGUUUCUUAUUUUAUUGUGAACUAGGAAGGAAAAAGGCGAAAGUGUACCACGGCAAAAGGAACUUCCUUGCCGAUGCUAUGCGUGAAAUGGAAAACGGCGAGAAGGCAUCAAAUCCCGUCUCUGCAGUAGGAAGCGUUCCAAACGUCAUCAGAGUUGUAAUGAAACCGGAAGUACCUCCACGGCGUCAUCACCACCAUAGACAUGGAAAAAGACAUCGGGAAAACCUGACAUCCUUUCUCAAGCUAGCUGUAAGGCUUGAUAAAGCUAUCAAGGGAUCACAUAAUAACAAGAGUGUGCAGCAAGACAACGGAGAAAACGCACUCAAAGAUACUUUUCAAUUUCUUGAAAGAGUCAAUGAGCAAUUACAAAAUAUGUCACAAACAAAUACGAAUGGUGAGCGUAAAAUUUCUUCUGAGGUAACCAAUGGUUCCAAGGCACAAGUAACCAAAGAUUUGGUGCAAAAUGAUACGUUUCCAUUAUUUCCUGAAUUGAGAAGUAUCGUUGUGCAUGGAAAGCCAUUUGACCCAGACGCAACAAGGGCAGCAUUUGCGAAGGCCAAGCAAAUUGUUUGGGAGAGCGUUGGGCAAGAUCCCACAGGAACAGAUAUAGGUCAUCUCAAUAACACUAAACUAACCAAUGCCGUUGCUUUGCUUGAAAUGGCCGUAAGGGAAGCGGAAAAAAUGCAACGAAAUAAUACGAACAUUGUCAAUCAAGGAAAGAGUGUUAGUGACAAAAUUCCUGACACCACCCAGCUCAAAGUGCCGAGUCAGAGAUCAAAACAAGAUUCACACCAGUUAAAGAUUCUUAAGCGUCUUCUAUUACAAGAGCUUCAACAGACAAACUACACUAAAGACCAAGCCGGUAUUGUUAUCAGCGACAUACCGUUUCAGAAACUAAGGGGCAAUGAGCAAGCUAAUGCAAUGCACAAACUACAUAAACCAUCAGACAACUCCUCGUUGGAGUCCAAACCAAGCUUCAGUAGCAAAAGCAAAAAACCGACUGGCGGGACUUCGGCUCUCUUAGACAAAUACACUUCAUUUAUCACUAACAUUCUAAAAGCUGCACACCUCAGCUAUAUAAAGAAUUUGACUGGUAAUGCAAAGAACAUGCCAGCCAAAAAUAGCGCCAAUUUGAGUCUAAACAAGCAAACACAGGGAAACAAACCGGUUAUUCCGACACAUGGUAUAGGAAAUAUUUCUCUCGAGGAAUCAACAAAAGGCCAGCAGAUCAACGAGCCACAAAAGGGAAAAGGAGAUCAACUUCUGUCAUUUGCUAAUGCAGUACAGGGGCAAAAUCAUCAGCAGCAGCAACCUCAACAAAGGCUUUUCCAGCCUAUCUUGUCCAAAGACCGUCUGGCAGCAAGAAAAGCAUUUGGUACCGCUCAAAAAUUGGUUAAAGCAUUUCAGGCCAGACAAGAGCUUUAUAAAGCGGAGAACGAUUUCUUUAAAAGAGUUCAUGAAAUGCUCAAUAAAAAGGAUGUAAGCGAAUCACCGGCUGAGAAACAAGAUUCUACAUUAGCUAGCCAGCCGACGGUGGCUAGUCCUAUCCAAUCCCCAUUAAGCCAGCCACCGGUAAAUACUGCAAACGGCUUAACGGGUCUUGGGGGAGAAGGUAAAAAAGAAACAUCAGAGGCUCAGAAAAAGUUUGAAGAGGCGGCACAUCUUGAAGAAAAAGUUGCAGCCCAACAGGAUGCGAUGUACGAUGCCUUAAUGGGUCACUCGACUCGAAACAAAGGGCUUGGCGGAUAUAACGAAGAUGGAGCCAUCCGUGGAAUACCGGAACAAGACGAUGAUUCCUACAACACGGAAGACUAUGGUGAUUUCAAAGAUAGUGACGAGGAAGCAGAAAGAAAGUUUUACCACGAUCAUCGCCAGGGUGAUUUUGAGUCCAAAGCUGAAGAUGACACUUCUUUCAGUCUCCGUAACAAAAUAACCUCCAUGAAAUCUAAGGGGUCAGGAAGCAUGGAAUUUAGCGGUAAUGGUCGACGAAGCGCUCACAAAGACACAAAACCAACCAUCUCUAAGCUGUAUUCUUCAUUUGAGAGUAGCGGGGAUCAUAUAAGAAAUAACAAACUGGUGUCAAAAACUCACAAGAAGGCCAUUAUCUCGAAGCCCAGUAUAGCAUACCACUUGAUCAAGACAAAUCGAAAAGGUUCAAGAUCCCGACGAAAAAACAUUUCUGCAAAACGAACAAUUAUCCCUAAAAUAGUAAAAAAGAAGAAUCCACUGGAAAAGGAUAUAACAGUAACAAAUCUGCGAAUACACGUUUUGUAACUCACUCUGAAAUAAUGCCGAAAAAAAGCUUAGUAAAAUAAAACGUCAGUUUCCUUCGCAUUAGCCAGAGAAAGUUCUCGUAACAUUAUCAUUUUAAGAUUUCAUUUGUAACCGAGCACUUUCGCAGUAUCGCAUUCUAUGUUUCGUGGUUGCUGUAUCUAUUUGUAAGCACGUCGCUUGUAGUUCAUGUCCAUAUAAUCGUAACAGUUAUUUACUAAUAUUGCGCCUUUUAACAUGCAAUGAUCAAAGGCGCAUUACAUCAAGAGUUCUAAAAUCUAAUGAAAUUUUCAAAGAAAAUAAAAUUAAAAAUACUAAGAAUCAAAUGCUUGUUUAAAAAGAUUUGUUUUGAGUAAGGAGUUAAAGUGUUGAACUGUUUUUGAUUUCAUUAACGAGAUGGGCAAGGCAUUCCACAAUGUGGAGCAGCAACAGAAAAAGAUCUGUCUCCGAAAGAUGUCAACAUCUCCCCAGGAUCGCAGCUGAUAGACAGAUUGAUACCUUACUGAAAUUACAGAGUGCAGGGGUAACAUGGCUGAACUUAUAUGAAAAGGUAACGAGUCUAGCUGCAGCGUUCUGGACUCUUUGCAACUUGAAGAUCGCAGUGUUUGGAAGUCCGUACAGUAGACUGUUACAAUAAUCCAAUCGGCUUGUAAUAAAAGCAUGCACCAAAGUUAGAAGACUUUUCUUGUCUAAAUACUUCCUCAUACGUCGGAUAUCAUAUAGAUAAAAGAAGGUGGUAUUGCGCAACUUUUUAAUAUGCGUUGACAUUGACAAGUUCGGGUAAAUGAUAUGUUAGGGGCAGAAAUGAAAAAGUAGGGGGGGGGCUGUUACCAAUAAAUCCUCGCAUCGGAAGAUUAAAACACAGCUAGUCUGUUAUGUAAUGUGCCUAUAAACGUAUUCGUUUUUGCUUUUUUGACCAUAUCAAUAUUACGCAAACACUAUCCCUUUAAAAAGCUCUCAACCUCGUAGGAGUCAAAGAAAAAAGAACAGAAUUUCUUCGGAAUCGUCAACGAUGCUUUCCUUUUGCUAAAACAGACUAGCUGUGUUUUAAUCUUUCGAUGCGAGGAUUCAUUUCUGCCCCCCAAUAUAUCGUUUACAAAAGUAAGGAGAUGGAAAUCAUAGAAAGAUACUAAAAAAUCGAUUUUUUUUGCAGCCAGCAAUUUUGGGGGGAGCUCAAGCAAAGACGGAAGUGGACGUUUUGUAUUCUUGGGCGAUGGUGUUCUCAUUAUUUUCGGUCAGAUUGUCUCUAUAAGAGCAAAGACAGCUUCGAAGCAUAUUAGAAGGGAAAAGCGCUCAAUUCCGGUUGACAUACGUUGCGCAAAAACGACUUUGCUUAAGCUUCCUAUUAUUAUCUUAAAGAGAACAUCGGUUCCCCGGUUAUUAGCCCCCUUUUUUCAGGGGUGACCCAGAGAUUAGCCGGUAAUUGGAGAUAAUAGAUUCCGUCGUCUAAAAGGGCGACAAUUUGGACAGUACUUAGCCUUUUAGUUUAGACAAGGAGAGUUUAUUCAAGAACCAUAGACUGACAUAUGAACAGCUAGCUGACUCUGCUAGCAGACCAUUGUUGGGGAAAGGCCUAAGCGUAGAAUGGCAAUAGAUUGCCUUGAUUUGCUUGAUACUACAAGGCGAAUAUUGUCGUUCCUUUUUCGUUCCUUUCUCGACUCGAAUACGGGCCAUUUCUUGCGGCUCGGGCUCCCUUAAACGGCUGGAAAGCGACUACCUUGCUCAUAUACGUCUUAUAAAAUAUUUAAAUUUCCAACAAAGAAUACGGAAAACAAUAACAGCCGCCACUUUUAGUGAUAAGAAGUGCUCCUGUGGACUUUCGACCUGGAUAAUAUCAAAAGUAAGCGUCUAGUAGCUCAGACCGAGAACUGCUUGUAAUACGUUAUAAAAUUGUUGACUUGGAUUUAAAAUCAGAUCUAUUUACGUAUUGUCACUAUCACCACGAGGAUACUUGAAAGGCUUUUCAGUUGUUUGGCCAUGGUUCACCGGCCGUUGCACCUACUGACUAUAACAUAGGUGCAUCUCGGAGGUAGUGCCAGAGAAAUCCAGUUAAGGGACACGCCCGUCCUCGAUAGAGCUUUAUAACAGGCCCUGAAUUGUCCUAAUUAGUUCGUUGCGCCGUGAAGUGACAACAAUCCUGAUUUGCAGGUAGCGCUUGAAGACCCAGUUUGAGGUUCUUGUCAGGCUCAAUAUAACCUUAAAACACCACCUCUCGAUAAAUCAACGGCAUUGAUACGUUCACUUAGUAGGCCAUCAACACCUUUGACCUCCUAGCUUGACAUUUGAAGCUUUGUUUUAGCCACGUAUUUAUACAUUUUCGUAGCUCUGGCAUUGUUCUAAUAAUCGCGCAAAGCCAAAACAUGCAUUCAACUACCGUUUGAUCGUUCAAUGCCUGCAAACGCUCUGUUUCUUAACGUCCUUGGCAACACAAGAGAGCUAUAUUUUAAACUUAUGUUGUAAAUAAUUAAUUGGUAAAUAAUUUCAUGAUCUGGGUUAGCUAAAUAUCGUAUUCUUACAUCAGUAGCGAAGCUUUGAUCUCUAGUGCUUUGAGGCAAAUGUAUUUGACCAAUAUCUUCAACAGUUCCUCAACUGACGGUAAGUUAUCCGACGCCAUAUAAUUCUGAUUGAUGAGUUUGAAAUUUUCUCACUUUCUUUAUAGCUUGUAGUGACUAUUCCUAAUUAUCGCUAGAUAAUUGUUUUUGCAACUCGUAGCAGUUAAUUUAUAUUUUGAUCGUCUUUGGUGAUUACAUUUCCAAAACCUGUCAAUAACCGGAGGAAGUUUUGUUUGUAGAGAAAAGUAUCGGCCUCCAGUAUAUGGUGCGAGAUUGGACGAAUGAUUAGUAAUCUUACCUAUUGAGUAUUUGUACCUUGUAAAAUUUUGUUUUCGUCUUGUAAAAUACAUCAACAACGUGGGUCCACAAGGAGAGUCACCAGGUAUCACUUAUCACAACAAACUAUUAAGGCACAUGUUUUGGUUUUGCUAGUUACUACCUAUUCGUUAUGUUCUUAGCAGUUAGCUAUUUUCUAGUAGUAGAUAAAGUAAAGACUAGGGGAGAGCUAAGAUUGCACUGGAUAUUUGCGUUGUUCGGAUGUUUUGGCCAUGUCAAGCGUAGUCUAAUUAACACUAAACCCCCUCGAUAUAUUAGACAACGUCAAAAACACAAUCUAGUUACUCAUGUUAAAAUGUUUUUGUUUUAACUUUAAUUCUUUUAGCCUCGAGGAAUUGAAAAUGAUGCGGAAACGUCCCGUUCUGCUUUUUCUACUUUUAGCAGUCAAUUCAUUAACAGGUAAGCUACUGGUACCAGUUAUUUUGACAACAAAGUUAAUGUUGCGUUCAAGGCUGCACAAGCCCUUCUUUUUUGGUUCUAUGUAGAGAAUACAAAAGAAUGAGUGAUCUGACAAAUAAAUUCGCCGGAAUUAUAUCGGUGAUACGUUUCUAAACAAAUUACUCGGUUGCGACCGAGAGAAGAGAGAGAAGGGAAAAGAGAGAGAGAAAGAGAAAAAAUGAACUUGCAAUCUCGAUUUUUCUUAACCUCGUCGUCGAAUGAACAUUUUCGUCAAAGCUGAAUCUGAUUCCACGUUCUAUGUGAAUAACGUGACGUAUAUGUGACGUACAUCCUACCAUAGAAUGGGCUGGACUUCCGUAUUAAAAACACUGAUUCCAUCAAAGAGCGAUUUUCGUGUGACCUUGAAAUGAACACGCACGAACUGAACAGAAACAACAAACGAACGAAAAUUGAGUGAUCAGAUUGGUUUACAAACGGAUACAAACGCGCGUGGCUUUUGGUUGGUUAAGCGAACGCUCGGGUGAAAAACUUCAUGCCCGAGAACUUUCUAAAAAACAAAUCGAUUCUUCCUUUGACGUCAUACUGCAACACGAUUGGCCAAUCGAACAAUGCCUUCUCCAUUUUAGGGUUUUCUUUAGCGGGAAAACGAAGAGUCCAUGUUUUGAUCUUUUCAUCCAUUGGCUGAUAAAACAAAUAACGAACACUUACCGAAACCAUUUUUCAAGGUCAUACGAAAAUCGCUCUAUUUGCAGUUACAUUCCAAGUAUGGCGUAGUUUGAAACCCCAGGCCAGCUGUUUCUGAAAAAGAAAAAUUGAUUAUCAACCUGAGAAGAAACCAGACUCGUGAUAGCAGUGAUGGUAUUUGUAAGCAUGAUACGUUUAGUCACACUAUAUUAGUAAAAAAAAUUCCCCGCGUCUCGCUGCAAUAGUGGAAGGGAAAUGCCCUUAUCUGAGAUGAUCACAGUAUAAAUUCCGUUUGAGAUUGCCCCCUAAUUUUUCUUUUUUAACACUUAUCGGUCACGAUCUAACAGUGAGAAUUAAAGGUUUCAAAGAAGGUUUAAAGGCUUGUUUAUAGUGGAAAAAGUAUUUAGCUUAUUCAGCUAGCUUAAAGGCAUUCCACUCAAAUACUUAGAAACAAAUAAUUAAAACACAAUAUAACAACUGGCAGGAGGCAACCAAAUAGUUAUUUACAAGAAUUGUUUCCAAACCUCUUCCUAUAUAGGAAGAUUUUGGGACGCGAACCUCCUGGAAAACAAUUAUUAAUCUGUGUAUCCAUGCAAUUGUUACAUACGUUUUUUAUUUAUUUCUUUUUGUUCUCCAGAGGUUUCACACAGCAAAUCUUUGAAAGGUAUUUAACAAAACAAUGAAAACUAUAGUGUGUGUUGUUUUAAAAUGCAAUAAUAUGUUUAACCUCGACCCCCCUUUUAUAUUCCUUUUACCUUUUUCAAUUUUCCCACAGGUUGUAUUAACUCAGUUCGCAGCUCGACCUCUAAACCUAAUAAAAACUCGCAUGAUCCUGAUGAUGAGGUCUUGACGUCCUUGAAAAGGUCGUCUCUUAAAGAAGGAUGUGAAGAUGACGAGGAAAAUAGACCUCAAGUGACCAGAGAAAAAAACAAAAUUAAAAGGCUUCAGACAAGUAUUCACAAAAACUUAAUAAAACUGUUUCAUAAGCUAAAAAGUGCCAAACCCGGAAGCGUAAUGCCUGAUCGCAAGGAAUUUACUAACUUCGCAGAACCGGCAAACCAAAAUGGCAAAUCUGGCAAUGCAGUAUCAACAGGCAUUCCAUUGAGUAAAGUCAGAGACGGAAUCAAUAACAUCACUCAGUUUCAAGACAUGAACAAUACAUCGACGCUCAAAGCUCUUGACAAAUUGGUGGGUGCAGUUCUUCCUAACAUGUCGUCGUUGCUAAACAACAGUAAUCCUCAACGAGCUGAUGAUGCUGAUGGCGGAAGUGGCUCUGGGACAGAACCCAAUGAGCUACAGAAAAAUAAAUCAGAUCCUUACGCUGCCAUCGCUGCAGGACCGGACCACCCUAAGCUUCCACCAGACCUGAAGAUUACUCCUGGUGGUGGAUCGGACGGAGAAGCUCCACCCGUGGUACCUGUCGGGAUGUCUGAUGAUAGUAAGACCGGUGGAACAAACGAUGAAGGACAUGGUCCUACUCCAGAAGGUAACCACGAAUAUUCGUCUAACUUUGACUUCACAUUCACUCUGUACUGCAGAAUUCGUUUAUGUGUUUUAAGUUUGGCCUUCUAUCCCUACUGUCGGAAUUUUAGCUGCCGUUGCGAUGCCACGCAAUUUGUGUUUGAAGUGGAUUCUGCCUACUAGACGCAGACCCAUUUAAUGACAUUCCCUACUUUAAAAACUGGAUCGUCUCAGUCAUGUAAUCUAUGUAUGCCUUUCUAAAAGAAAAUAUCCUAAAAUCACAAAAUAUAAAUGUGAUUUCGGCUUUUCUGCUCUUUCGAGCAGGGUAAAUAGAAUUUGUCAAUAUUCUUUGGAGGGUUAUUACGGUUAACCGAUUUAGUGCUUUUUAAAAAUGCUUGCUAUGCACUUGUUGAUCCCAGCUUGGUCUUUUUUCUAGAACCCAGUGAAGCCCCAAGCCAGAAUGAAGGUAACCGAACUUUUGAUAGCUUUUAAAAAAAAGGCAACUGAACAUUCAAUAAAUGAAAAAGACAAUUUGAUGAUAAAAUUUCCUUUCUAAAUUGCUCUUUUAGAUAAAGACAACUCCGAAGAACCAGACAAUCCUAUGGUGAAGCAAAUGCAAGCCCAAGCUAUGCAAGUAAUACAGGAGCAGAUGCAAAACCAGUUCAAGGCCGCCAUGCAAGCUGCUAAAGGAAUGCCGGGUAUGUCGGGUGGCAUGGGUGGAAUGGCAAUGAUGGGAGGAAUGGGAGGAAUGCAAAGUAUGAACGGUGGAAUGGGUGGUGGAAUGGGUGGUGGAAUGGGUGGUGGAAUGGAUGGUGGAAUGGAUAGCAUGGGUGGAAUGGGAGGAAUGGGUGGAGGAAUGGAUAUGGGAGGAAUGAACGACAUGGGGGGUAUGGGAGGAAUGGCAGGAUUCGGAGGAAUGGGAGACAUGGGAAUGGCAGGAAUGUACGGCAAUCGUAUGGCAGAAAUGGCUGGAAUGGGAGAUUUUGCUGGCAAUGCUUAUCAGAGAGACUCACUGAGGGGCAGUAGGGAGUCUUUCGGUGAAGGAAACCCUUUCUACCCAAGAGGUCUUGCUGGAGGAUUCAGAGCACCCAUGGGACCAAUGUACCCAAUGGUAGACGAAUCCGCCGUUGGGAGAGAUAAAGUUCCUCUCGGGUACGAGGGGCGGGAACUGAUGCCUUACGUCCGUCCUUUCCGGAGACAUCGUUAUUUUAGUGACGAUGAUGACCUCGACGACGAUGUUAAUGAUGAUGAUGAUGAGGAGGACGAACCAUAUUUUGUUCCAGCACGAGAACGUGCUGCGUUUGACGAGCCAUUAGACGAAGGGGCUGAAAACGAAAUGGAUGACGGGUAUGAUGCACCUUAUGAAAGGAAGACGAAAAUAGAAAAAGUUGAAAAACCUAAAAAGAAAAGUAAGGUGAAGCACACCAGCCACAAGAGAAGCAAGGCAGUUAAAGGACACGCGAAGCAGUCCAAAAAACACUUCACACAGAAGCGAGGAAAGACUGCAGGUAAACAACGCAAAAAGAAGGAAUGAGACCCGUAGAUCGUGCAUGAAACUCUCUUCUUCCUCGAGCAAGAAAGAUAAUAGGCACAGAGAAAUUGCAUGCUUGUGAAAUUGUCAUGGAAGAAGUGUCUUCGAUGAAAACUGGGACUGCCUUUAGAAGCAAUAAUUUGAGUCAGCUAGAUAUUAGAUAUCUCUAUUUACUUUUAUGACUCAACGCAGAACUGUUUUUCAGAACGAAAAAAAUUAUUGUCAACACGAUUCAGUAUUUCGUAUUCCUUCAGGGAGAUUUGUUAAUCAGUAAUUGCUUCCUUCAGCAAAGGAAUAUACAACAUUUUAGUCAUUUUUAAUAAAAUACCUUUGAUAAGAAAUCAUUGUUUUGUUGAACCUUUUACUCGGAAAAAGAAGAAUAUCUGAUUCUUCAGCUUACUUAUUUGGUAUGUAGAAGUAUCAUUGAUCGUGAUUUUACGCCUGCAUCAGAAGUCACAAACAAGGAGAAGCAAAAGUAAUUGGCUUAUAUUUUUUCCGUUAGAGAUCUCUUGCAGAUUGACAUAGCGUUCAUUCACGGACGUUAAAAUAAAAGUGUUUGGCAAAAUUUGUUGUAAUCUUACAUCAUUGUAAUCUCGUAGGUGUGAGUACUGAUGCAGUAACCCCGGAGAUGUUUUACAAUUCAGCGAUGAAACAAAUGCAGCAACAGGCGAUGUCGGCUAUUGAAAAACAGAUGCAAAACCAAUUUGCCAGUGCUUGGAAAGGUGCUAAUGGAAUGGGAGCAAAGAUGAAUAUGGGAGGUGGAAACAUGGGCGGCGGAAUGGCAGGGAUGAUGGGUGGUAUGGCAGGAAUGAAUGGAAUGGCAGGAAUGGGAAUGGGGAUGGGAGGGAUGAAUCAAAUGCAAGGUAUGCUAGGAAAGGGAGGAGGUGGAGGAAGAAUGAAUCAAAUGCAGGAUCAACCACAAGGAAUGGGCCCCAUGCCCGAUAUGCCAGGAGGCCAAGAAGGGUUUGGCCCCAUUAAAAUGCCAGGAGGUUUUGGUCCCAUGAAUGAUAUGCCAGGGGGACUAGAAGGAAUGGGCCAGAUGAAUAAUAUGCUAGGAGGGCCAGGGGGAGCGGGGCCGAUGAAUGAUAUGCCGCAAGGACUCGGAGGAAUGGGAUCUAUGCAGGGUAUGCCUGGCGGGCCACAAGGUAAUGGACCGAUGCAAGAUUUUCCUGAAUAUGGAGGAAUGGGUGGAUUUGGAGGAGGUAAUGGCAUGGAUGUUCAGGAUCCGAGCAUGCAGACAAGCAUGGGUAAUGGCUUAUUUAAAAGAGUGUUGAAGAACAAGGCUAACAGAAAAGACAGUCACAAGAAAACUAAAAUAACUAAGGGUAGGAAAGGUUCUCACAAGAUGAAGCACCACAAUUAG